GGUAGGGUUUCAUGCAAUAUUGUUUUAGCGUCUCCAGGCUAAAAAUGAAGGGUCACGAGUUCUGGAAGAUUUGAUUUGUCGCUUUGGACAACCAUUCGUUCUAUCUUUUGGUCUUCACUGGAUAUCGUUGCAUCCUUUGAGGUUUAGAGGACUCAGCGACAUGUAUUCAUCGCUUGCAUUGUACGAAGAGGUUUGAGGAUACGAAAGAAAGAGGUCUUUGCUGUGGUCUGUCUUAGGAUACUCUCUUCAGGAUGUCUCUGAUUUACUUUGGACCUCAGGAAGAUGUGGUCAUUGGGUGGCCGAGUUUCUGGCUUGCAAAGUCGCUACUUCACACGAUAAAUGGCAAAUGACGAGUAUGUCACAAAUGGAGAAGGAACCUUCAUGUCAUCAGAGAGGUAACUUUUCAUUGCAUAGACAACUUCAUUCUGUCAAGGUCUAUGAUCAAGAUUCAUUAUUCUGGAAUUCAAGGAUAUCUAUACAUUGCAAAUCAAUAACACCAGUAUCGAUCGUCACCAGCAAUAACGAAAUCGAAGCUUUACGGGGAAAGAAGAAGAUCUAAGCAGUCAAUAGAUACCAAUCCUUUGGAAGUAUCACAAGAGCUGGAACAACCACCUCACCAAAAUUGUAUCCACCAGAGUUAUUUUGGAAGUCAUUAGUUUUACCUAAUUUCUUUCUCCAAAUCUUCACUAUUGCAUCAGUCAUACAGUGAACUCUCAAUCUACUGGUCAUUAGACGUUUGACGAGGAGAGGCGCCUAAUUCACCCCAGUCAACCCCCUCAUUUCGGAUCACGCUUCUACCAAGGAAAACACAAUCACGGAGGACGAACCAGAUAUCAAACAUUGCUCUUCGAAAUCUCCAGCGGGUCAACGAAUGAUCACAACAACUAAUCUAAUUGUGAAUCCGAAACAAAGCAUCAUUUGCCAUUAUUCUUUGUUUCAACUUCUUGAUUCUCAAAAUAGUUUGUUUGGUUGAUGCUCGUGGUACUCGUGAGUUGUGUGUCUUCUUUGCUACAUAGCUUCUCAGAAGAUCCAACAUUCUCACGCCCCCUCCAACGAUUCUUCCAUCAACAGCGGCCACGAGAUGCAUCCUUACGGUGUCAAUCGAAACAUCAACGCCGCACCUGCUGAUGACUACUACACACCAUACCUCGGUCUUCGAGCACGCCUAUCACAGACAUGGAUCAACAGAUGGACAGUUCUCCUACUACUUAUUAUUGUUCGGCUCCUUAUUUCUUUGGCCGGUAUCAAAGGAGAUGUCGCAUCAGCCAAGACCGAAGCAUUAUCAGCCUGUAGUAGUGUUGAAAAUGUCGGAAGUGCCAUGGCUUCUAUGCCUCACUAUCUCUCUCAAGGUGUUAACAGUAUGGCCGCUGCUGGUAUUACAAAGGCUGUUAAUGGUAUGAUGCAAAUGCUUUACAUGAGUCUCACUGGCGUCGAAGAAAUUGUUCUCUUCGUCAUUCAUAUGAUGACCUCAACAUAUAUGUGUCUCAUCACUUUGGCUAUCACUGGUAGUCUCCAAGUCGCUAUACAAAUGAUCGAAGAUGUUGGUGCAUUCAUGAACAAGUCUAUCGAUACCAUCACCGGCGACAUGUCAUCUGGACUCAAAUCAUUCGAAGAUGACCUCAAUGGCUUCUUGUCAAAGAUCAAUAUCGGUGGCAUCUUUGGAAGCAGUACUUCACCGCCAACAAUUGACUUGAGUAGUGAGAUAAACAAACUCAAUUCCAUUCAAAUCGAUCCCACAACCAUGGAUGCCGAUCUCGCCAAACUCAACGCAUCCCUUCCAACAUUCGAGCAAGUCCAAAACUUCACGGAUAACAUCAUCAAACUUCCAUUCGAAGAGGUUAAGAAACUCGUGAAUGAGUCAAUGAUCGCUUACAAGUUUGAUGAUUCAGUCUUUCCAGUUCCUCAAAAAAAAUCCCUGACAUUUUGUUCCGACAACACCGCCAUCCAAGAUUUCUUCGUCGGUCUCGUCAAAACCCUCGAUACCGCCAAGAAAAUUAUCCUUAUCGUUCUUGUCAUCGCUGCUAUUCUUGCCUGUAUUCCCAUGGCUUUCCGCGAAAUCUGGGGUUGGCGCGUUAUGCAAAUACAAGCCGCCUUACUAAAAAGUCGAAGCUAUACUAAUGAGAUGGAUAUUCUCUAUCAAGCUCAUCGUCCUUAUACUUCACAAUUCGGUCUCAAAUUGUCAAGGAGGUUCAAGGGUCAGAAGAAUCAAAUCUUGGCAAGAUGGUUCAUCGCAUAUGCUACAUCUAUCCCAGCACUUUUUGUUUUGGCUCUUGGGUUGGCAGGUCUUUUUACCUGUCUUUGUCAAUUCAUCGUCUUAAAAACCCUCGAAAAAGAAAUCCCAGCGCUUACAGCAGAAGUUGGAGACUUUGCAGAACAUGUCGUCAAAGCUUUGAAUAACGCAUCCGAAUCUUGGGCUUUAGGGGCCAAUUCCGUCAUCAAUAACACGAACACGGAAAUCAAUGACAAUGUUUUUGGAUGGGUUAAUACGACAACGGGAGCUAUCAAUGAGACCUUGAAUGUUUUCACUGAUGAGAUGACCAAAGCUCUCAAUGUCACAUUUGGUGGUACCAUCCUCUACAAACCUAUCAUGGGUGUCUUUGAAUGUUUGGUUGGACUCAAAAUCGCGGGCAUCGAAAAAGGUCUCACAUGGGUUAGUGAUAACGCUCAUGUAGAAUUCCCUGAAUUCCAACCAGACGUCUUUUCACUCGGCGCGGCUGCCUCUCUCUCGAAUACAACCGCAGACGACAAUUUCCUCGCUAACCCUGCUACAAGUACUACAGAUGAAAUUACAAACGCAGUAGUGAAGGUGGGAAAGAAAUUAGAAGCAGUUAUUAGGCAAGAAGCUCUUAUUUCUACUGCACUCGUUGCUAUUUAUUUCGUCAUUGUUCUCAUUGGGUUAGUCCAUGUUAUAAUUGGCAUGUGUGGAAGAGAUAAAUCUCGAGGCGAAGGUGGCUCAGCACCGACCCCUCUUUACCGCAAUACCGAUGUCGAAGCUCCUAAUCAACACCUGCCAGAGAUUUCACGAGAGAAAUUUGGUACCAGUGGAAACGAUGGUUGGCAUCAAGAACAUAUGAGAGCGGGUGGGGAUCCGAUAACGCGAAUGCCAUUUGGAGGAGGUGAUGGUGCUGCAGAUGAUCUUCCGUAUAAUGGUGCACCGGCGCCAACAUAUGAAGCAUCAAUUGCCCCGACAGAGCGAUUGGGAGUGGUUCCUGCAGGGAGAGUUAAUACCAAUAGAGGACCAUGGGUUAGAGAUGAGAAGUCUCGAGAAUUGUGGGAAGCGGAUGAUAUGCAGAGGAGAGCUACUAGUAGUUAUGGACAUUUGGAAGGGGGAGAUGAGAAAUCAUCGGGAUGGGGAGUACCGCCGAGAAGAAUUUGAAAGCUGGGUCUUUCAAACGGGAAACGACUUUAUGAUAGAUAUGAUUAUUACAUACAUAGGCAUAGCAUAUGGAUAAAUGGAUACGCAUUAGAGAGACAACGGGUUGAAUGAAAAGGGAGGCCUUGGCGGAUUGAUAUGUUUAGAGAUUUGUAUAGAGUAAUUUUAAUUUCGCCUGAAAUCCACACACGCACACGUGUCUA